AUGGCAGCCACUUCGAACGAAUGUAAGGACUUUUUAGUUGUAGAAGGACAGUAUAUCCUGAAAGACGACAUUAUACUAGAUAAUGGCGUACCAAGUUUGACUGGAGGGACGUUAGUUUCUGUAGUUUCAGUGAAAUAUAAAGAAUAUCCAACUCAACCAAUUUCACCCAAUGGAGAAAAUACGAUUGACGGAGUUGGAGAACAAAUUGCUAAUAAUCAGUCGACUUCUAGUGCAGAAAACACACUAGUAGUAGAUGAUAUGGACGAUUCUUCAGAUUUAGAAAAAUUACAGUCUCCACAGUCACAAAACUUUGACCCUUCGUCACAGGUUACGGAUAAUGUUAACCUGACCUCCCCAACUCAAAUAUCACCAAUGAAACCUAGCAAUGGAUCCGUCCCAACCUCGAUCGAGGGCAAAAAGGAGGAUGAUGUGUUUUCAUUUUUUAAUCCUGUGAUGAAACGGAAAAAAACAAAAAACAAUAUCGCUAAAACGACAUCAUCUUUUGUUGCAAAAAUUGUACAGAAUGAGGAUUUAACAAAAAUAUUGGCGAAUCGACAGAAUGAAGAUACUUACUUAUUUUUUAACUCAGGGCGAACAUUUUGUUGGACGGAUUUGACUAAUAAGCCAAAGGAACUUUUGUCUAAGGUAAUCUUCACCAAAGCACAUCCAAUGUGUCAUGAUGUGAAUCAGCUCACCCGCUCUUGCGAUCAUUUGGAUGUUAUUAUCGGAUUUUCAUCGGGUGAUAUCAUUUGGUUCGAUCCGCUAUGUAACAAAUACUAUAGACUCAACAAGCAGGGAGUAAUAAAUAGUUCAUCUGUUACUAUGGUUAAAUGGAUGCCGGGAUCAGAAAAUCUAUUUAUGGCGUCUUAUUCGGAUGGAUCAAUAAUCAUAUAUGAUAAAGAUAAGGAUGAUCAAUCAUUUACGGCAUCGACUGGAAAUGAAGAAGAAAGUUUCCACGUUUCAAGACCAUCUAAAAAUGCCAAGCAUAAUCCAGUAUCACAUUGGCAAGUUUCAAAAAAAUCUGUGACGGCGUUUGCAUUUUCACCUGAUUGUCAGCACGUCGCAAUUGUAUCUGUGGAUGGUUGUUUACGAAUAAUAGAUUUUGUAGAAGAAGUAUUAUAUGAUACAUAUAGUAGUUAUUUUGGCGGGCUCUUGUGUGUGUGCUGGAGUCCCGAUGGUAGGUAUGUUUUAACAGGUGGUCAGGAUGAUCUAGUUACUAUAUGGGCUUUUCGGGAACAACGUAUUGUAGCACGAUGUCAAGGACAUCAAUCCUGGGUAACCGGGGUGUCUUUCGACCCCUGGAGAUGUGACGAACGUAAUUAUCGCUUUGGUUCGGUAGGCGAAGAUACAAAAUUAUUAUUGUGGGAUUUCAGUGUGAACGCGUUACACAAGCCUAAGAGCCUUGGUAGCCAUCGUAGGGCUAGUUUAGCGUCACAAUCACAUGCAACUACAGUCGCAUUAAGGCGAAAUAUAGUUGAACAUGAACUUACAAAAAACACGGUUCAUCCAUGCUUACCCAGAUCAGAAGUGGCUAUUUUGCAACCAGUAAUGGGGCAUAUUAAAUUGUGGAUGAGACCUUAA